AAAGGAGGCGUUAUUAGUAAAUUCCAACAAACAAAACCCAAAGACAAAAAAGCCCAAUUUCUAGCCCACGAACAUCUCUCUGCAAAAUCACUUUUCACAGAAUUCUUCUAUUUCGGAUUCAGAACAGAAAACUGACGAUUUCCAGCUUCCCCCAAAACGAUAGGAUCAGAUUUCGCAUUUCCUUUUAUCGAUUUGAAGGUUCAUUUUGAGAUGUUAAGGGAGUCUCUCAGUUAUGGUCUAUGAAGUACUGACAUGAAACAGACACGGAAACCAAAUAUAAUACUGACAUGGGUCGGAUACCAAACACCUUUCAUCAAAAGUGUGACUUCUACUUUAGAGUUGGAGAUGGCCAGUGGAAGUAAGGUGGAUGUGCAAACAUUGGAUUUACCGAAUAGGACGCUUGAAGACACGUUGCAGAGUGAGUUGGAAAGGAUAUUGCAAGAGCAGCGCAAUCAACAGUUUAUUAAUCGAGAACGUGGUUACGAUAUUUAUAGGAGUGGAAGUGCACCUCCAACAGUCGAGGGAUCGUUAAGUGCUUUUGGUAGUUUGAGGAACUUUGACUACAGAGCUAAUAAUAGUGGGAGGAGUAAUAAUAAUGAUGGAGUUUUGACUGAGGAUGAGAUUCGAUCACAUCCGGCUUAUCUUUCGUAUUAUUACUCGCAUGAGAGCAUUAAUCCUAGAUUGCCACCACCGUUGUUGUCAAAAGAAGAUUGGCGGGUUGCACAAAGGUUUCAAGCUGGUGGUGGGUCAUCUUCAAUUGAAAGAUUUGGGGACUGGAGGAAGAAUGCAACCUCGAACGGUGAUAGUUCAUCGCUAUUUUCGAUGCAACCAGGGUUUUCUGUGCAACAGGCAGAAAAUGAUUUGAUGGAAUUGAGGAAAGCCAGUGGACGAAAUCUUCCCAGGCAGAGUUCAACUCAAUUACUUGAUAGACAUAUGGAUGGUAUGACAAGAAUGCCAGGAACUAGUCUUGGUGUGAGAAGGACAUGUUAUUCAGACAUUCUUCAGCAGGAUGGAUUUGAUCAACCGACUUUGUCCAGCAAUAUGUCACGUCCAGCAAGUCACAAUGCAUUUGUUGAUAUAAGGGAUUCGACCGGCAUUGUUGAUCGUGAGCCCUUGGAGGGGUUGCGUUCAUCAGCCUCUACCCCAGGUUUGGUUGGACUUCAGAACCACGGUGUAAAUUCUCACAAUUUUUCAUCUGUUGUGGGUUCUUCUUUGUCAAGAUCAACGACCCCUGAAUCGCAUGUUAUUGGAAGACCUGUUGGAUCUGGAGUUCCUCAAAUGGGUAGCAAAGUGUUCUCUGCUGAAAAUAUUGGGUUGGGUAACCACAAUGGUCACUCUUCCAACAUGACCGAUCUUGCCGAUAUGGUGUCCUCUUUAUCUGGGUUAAAUUUAUCAGGUGCUAGACGUGCAGAACAAGAUAAUCUUUUGAAAUCUAAGCUGCAAGUUGAAGUUGAUAAUCAUGCUAAUGUUAUGUUGAGCACGCCAAACAAUGUUAAUUUGCCCAAACAUAAUGAGCUUGCAACAGACCUUAACACAUUUAGUUUGAACGAGAGAGUUAAUCUACUGAAAAAAACUGCUUCUUAUGCUAAUCUUCGAUCAAAUGCGCAUUCUACUGGAAACUUAACAAGUAUAGAUUUUGCUGGUCAAGUUCCUAGUGCAUAUCCUGCAAACACAACAUUGAAUAAUGUGUACAAUAAUCAUCUUGAGACAGCUUUGAGGGGUCGCAGAGAUGGACACAAUAUAGAUGCACUGGGAAAUCAAGUACGUUCUGACUUCAAUUCUGCAACUCUGGACCCACGUAUCAUCCAAUGCUUGCAGCAAAGUUCGGAGUACUCCAUGCAUGGGAUGAGCAGUUCUCGAGAUCCUUUUCAAAUGAGAAAUUUUUCUGAUGCUUCACAACAUGGAGACUUAGAGGGACUUCAGAAAGCAUAUCUCGAGACUCUUCUUAGUCAACAAAAGCAACAGUAUGAACUUCCACUUCUUAGCAAAUCUGGGCUUCUUAAUCAAGGGCUAUUUGGGAGUCAGCCAUAUGGUCUUGGAAUGCCACAUUCAGGAAAGCAGAUAUCAAAUUCCUCACUUCCUUCUCUUGGAUCUGGAAAUCCACUGUUUGAGAAUGAACAAAUCUCACACAUAAAUUCUAUGAUGAGAAGUUCUCUGGGAGGGUCUGGCAGCUCAUGGCAUGCUGAUAUUGGCAAUAACAUGGAGAGUAGAUUUGCUUCAUCCUUGCUCGAUGAGUUCAAGAACAACAAAACCAAACCUUUUGAACUUUCAGAUAUCAUUGAUCAUGUGGUACAGUUCAGUACUGAUCAGUAUGGUAGCCGCUUUAUUCAGCAGAAAUUAGAAACAGCUUCGGUAGAAGAGAAGACCAAGAUAUUUCCUGAGAUUCUUCCUCAUGCCCGUGCCUUGAUGACGGAUGUCUUUGGCAAUUAUGUCAUACAGAAAUUUUUUGAGCACGGUACUGAUAGUCAAAGAAAGGAAUUGGCCAACCAACUUACAGGUCAUGUGUUACCUCUUAGUCUGCAAAUGUAUGGUUGCAGAGUGAUUCAGAAGGCCUUGGAGGUGGUUGAUGUUGAUCAGCAGAGCCAAAUGGUGUCAGAGCUCAGUGGUGCAAUAAUGAAAUGUGUACGUGACCAAAAUGGAAACCAUGUUAUUCAGAAGUGUAUAGAGUCUGUCCCUCAGAAUAGAAUUCAGUUUAUCAUCACGUCUUUUUAUGGGCAAGUUGUUGCACUUUCUACUCAUCCUUAUGGGUGCAGAGUUAUUCAGAGGGUUCUAGAACACUGCGAUGAUCUAAAAACUCAAGAAAUUAUCAUGGAAGAAAUCAUGCAAUCUGUCUGCACUUUAGCACAGGAUCAAUAUGGAAAUUAUGUUAUUCAGCACAUCCUCGAACAUGGUAAACCAAAUGAACGGACUAUUGUUAUCAGCAAGCUUGCUGGACAAAUUGUUAAGAUGAGCCAGCAAAAGUUUGCUUCUAAUGUCAUUGAGAAGUGUUUGGCUUUCGGCUCUCCUGAAGAACGUCAAAUUUUGGUGAAUGAAAUGCUUGGUACCUCUGAUGAGAAUGAGCCCUUGCAAGCUAUGAUGAAAGACCCUUUUGGAAAUUAUGUUGUGCAAAAGGUUCUUGAGACUUGUGAUGAUCAGAGUCUUGAGCUGAUCCUUUCUCGCAUCAAGGUUCACUUAAAUGCCCUGAAGCGAUAUACUUAUGGAAAACACAUAGUUUCUCGUGUGGAGAAACUGAUAACCACCGGAGAGAGGCGUAUAGGGUUGUUAGCCUAAAUUCUUACAUCCUCAAGCAUCCUAAUUGAAAGUCUUGAGGACAAAGACUCCAAUUUCCAAUCACCACAUUCCUUUUGUACAGUCAACAUAAAUGUUAAUAUCACAAGUUUCUUCUGCAAGCCAUAUUUAUGUUAAGCAUUGGAGAUAAACACGGUCAGUCACCUGACUGAGAAAACUAUUUUUCUCACUUUGCUUGAUUUCAUUAUUAUUACUUGACAGAAAAUCUCCAUAGUGAGAUAUAACUUAGGAUGUCAAGAUUAGAGAGUCACGACAAUGUGUAUUUAUUGUGUAUGUAUGAGGUCCAUUGUCUGUAAAGAAAAUAAUGGCAAAUAAGUAAUUGCAGUAACCAGAGUCACUAGAUCAGGCUCUAAACUCUCAUUUCAUUUAUGUAAAUAAUAUGCAACAACUUUCUUGAGUGCA